UGGAUGAAUCAUAUCAGCCCAAUGAAAAAGGAAUUGUUGGGUGUAUUGGAUGCUUCUCAAUGUUUGCUUAAAAAAGCAGGAUUCCCUUCACCAUACACAUAUUUUGGCAUAACAAAAAAGGAAGCCAACAGAGAACCAAAGUAAUCAUAAUUCAUUGAUCAUCAAUGGAAGAUGGAGAUAGCGGCAGGAGAAGGAAAAUUUCUUCAUAUGAGAGAGUGGCAGCCAUAAGCUUGGUGAUUCUAGCUGUGGCUUCUCCUCUCUACAUAGACAGUAGACCAGAGAGUGAGUUGGAAGAUGAUGACCAAUCCAUAAACUUUGGUUUUGGGUUGCCCUUGCUUCUCUUUGUGUUGAUUUUAGCCAUAGCUUUAUCAGCUUUUCUUGACCGCAACUUCACCAGGUUUGAUCGUUAUUGGAUUCAUAGAGUUGGUGGUUCGUCUGGUGGCAUUGUUUUAAUCCUUCUUGUUCUCUUUCUGGUUUUGAAGUGUAAGGCCUCUGCGUAAAAAGUUGUUAUGCUUAAACUCCAUAGUAAGAAAUGCAACAACUUCUUUUUCUA